GCGGCGGCGCGCAGCAGGGCCGCGUCAGCGUGGGCAGCGUGUACCGGCCCAACCAGAACGGCCGCGGUCUCCCUGACUUGGUCCCGGACCCCAACUACGUGCAAGCCUCCACUUACGUGCAGAGAGCCCAUCUGUACUCACUGCGCUGUGCUGCGGAGGAGAAGUGUCUGGCCAGCACAGCCUACACCCCCGAGGCCACCGACUACGACGUGCGGGUGCUGCUACGCUUCCCCCAGCGCGUGAAGAACCAGGGCACCGCGGACUUCCUCCCAAACCGGCCACGGCACACGUGGGAGUGGCACAGCUGCCACCAACAUUACCACAGCAUGGAUGAGUUCAGCCACUAUGACCUGCUGGAUGCAGCCACAGGCAAGAAGGUGGCUGAGGGCCACAAGGCCAGCUUCUGCCUGGAGGACAGCACCUGUGACUUUGGCAACCUCAAGCGCUACGCGUGCACCUCUCACACACAGGGCCUGAGCCCCGGCUGCUAUGACACUUACAACGCGGACAUCGACUGCCAGUGGAUUGAUAUAACCGACGUGCAGCCCGGGAACUACAUCCUCAAGGUCCACGUGAACCCGAAGUACAUUGUGCUGGAGUCUGACUUCACCAACAACGUGGUGAGAUGCAACAUCCACUACACAGGUCGUUAUGUUUCUACAACAAACUGCAAAAUUGUCCAAUCCUGAUCUCGCAGAGGAUGGACAGGCGGCCAAUCUCCCCACUUCCCAAAGCCGGCCAGGCUCCCCAGGAAGCCUCCUGCCAGGACUGACCUGGCCCCCCCACCCCACAGGCAGGGGCAGCUGGAAGCCACAGGCAUCCCUCCCUGCCGGCCUCAGGGAGCAAACGCAGACCGAAACCACAGGGAUUCCGGAUGCCAGGCCCAAUUUUGUACUUAACUCUUCUCGACAAUGGUAUUUUGUCGGUUGUUGGUUUUUAUUUUUUAUAUUUUGGCCAUAUCACAGAGCAAGAUUGCCCAGGCCUGGGCUGAAUAAAACAAGGUUUUUCUACUC